AGCGUCUCGUGGCCGCGUGUAACGGGACUUUCUUCCGUCUGGUGCGCCGCAUACCUGUGCUGGCGAAGAAGAGAAUCAUCAUCGCCGUGAAGCAUAAGACGAAAUAAGAAGGUUUCGGGGUGAAUGUUAUUGCUUGUGGGCUGGCUGCGCUGGUGUGCGGGCCCGGAUCCGACUGUCGUCAUCAUCAUCAUCAUCUGAAUCGCUCGGGUAGAAAUAUGCUAAGAACGAAGCUCAGGAAACGGAAAGAAACGACAUUUGCCAAGAAAUUAUCUCUCGUUACGGUUUGCGUUCGAAGGUAAUGGAUUUGGCGUUGGAAGUAGCAAACAGUGAGGUCGUAAGUUCUUAGAAUUACAUUCUGGAACAAAAGCGCAUUGUUGAAAUUGUUAUAACUGCUGUAACGAACGAACCGAAAGCAUUUCGAUAGCGCUACUGUUCUUGGUGGGCGCACUAUUCGUGGUGACAUACUUUGCGUACGCGCGCGCAACUCGAACACCCCGUCUUUGUGCCCAUUCUCCAGUGAAAGUUGUGAAGUCAUACGCGGUGUGCUCAUUUUAAAAUUUCGACCAAACUACCACAAAAAUUUACCCAGCUCUGUGUAAGGAAUAAUGAAAAUCAGCACAAAAAAAAUUAACAAUUUUUGAGUGAAAAGCCCUGAGAAACGUAAUGCCUUAUCGAUAUCUAGACUAAACGUGUCGUUGCUAGCUAAAGAAAAGGAGAAAAUGGUUCAGCAGGUGUGAUGAUGUUUACGCACGUGCACUAUUCGCAAACUAUCGAGCUUGACCAUUCCAGACACUGACGUGUACCACCUUGGGGAGUUUUCUUCUGCAACUCGACCGUAAGGCAAGCGGAUGCAGCAGUCGCCCCUUCAAUCCAACAUGGGCGAAAAGCUGUCCCCAUCUCCGGUGGCAGCAGCGGAACCCACCAACACCAAGCACACCACCGGAAAGGAAGUGUCCAAAGACAAAACAAAGCACCGCCGUAACAGUAAGGAAGAGAAGCAAUCGGCCAAGAAGACGCUCAAAUGGCAACCAUCCCUCCAAGAUGACACCGUCCACGAACGUAAAUCCAUCCUAACCGCGUACGUGCUGUGGCUGUUCGGUGGAGUGUUCGGUGUUCACCAUUUCUAUCUGCGCCAGGAUCGUCGUGCCUUCAUCUGGUGGAGUACGCUCGGAUAUUUCGGUAUCGGUUGGAUCGCGGAAGUCCUGCAGAUACCGGCCAUGGUACGGGAUGCGAACGAAGAUCCACGGUUUGUGGAGGAAUUUAACGCGAAGCUACGAACGAACCGGAAGCCACCAUUUUCUACCUGGCGCUUCCUGCUCGCGAUCAUGAUCGGCUACUGGUGGGGUCAGAUGAUCAUGAUUGCGAUCCCGCAGGCCGUAUUUUUCGGUGUCGAUUGGGGAUUUCUGCAUUGGUUGAUACCGCUCGGUGUAGCUUUAGGUGUCUGGACGGUGGGUAAUAUGGGCCGCGAGAAGGGAGUCUUCUGGCACUGUCUGGUAGCAUCGUACGGUUCGUACCUUUCCCGGUACUUUAUCAUGGACGAAGCAUACUGGUUCACGACGAUGGCAUUCUGUUGCGCACUAGCGUUCGAUCACUUCUCCAAGGAAUGGAAUCUGGAGGUUCCGAAGAAACGGCGUCUUACAAGACGCCUAGCGACGCUUACCGCAGCCGCCGUGAUCUAUCUCUCCCUGUGGGGUUGCUUCGUCUACUUCAACGGUACAAUCACGGACAGCGAGGGCGAUGAGGUACCGGUACACGAAGCUCUGUACAACUUCCUCAAGUCUCCCUGGUGGACGGACCUGAAGCAAACGCUCUACGAUACGGUACAGUUCGCGAAGCAUCACGGUUGGGCGGAGGUUUGGAAGCAAAUCAUCGACUCGAUGGAUGCGGACGGUGAGCAGAACGCGUACAAGGUGCUGGGUAUUAGUGCGACCGCUUCGCAGAACGAAAUCAACACGCUGUGCCGCAACCUGUCGAAGGAAUCGCACCCGGACAAGGUGAAGGACGAAGGCAAACGGCGAGCGGCGGAGGAACGGUUCAUGGAGAUACAGCAGGCGUGUGAGGUGCUGAGCAAGACGCGCAGGAAGCGCCGUCAACGGAAUAAGAAAUCCGAUGAGCUGUAGGGUGGGUGGAUAGGGCGAACGCGUGUAUAUAGCUGAAGGAGUUUCGAUGGUGGGUGACGAGCAGAACUCACCGCAUCCAGAUCUGUACCGUAGUGUGUGACUGACAUUGAAUAAAAUAUUUAAUUACCCACUAUCUAAA